GCUGGAGCCUUGUUGGAGUUAUUGUAAGCGAGACCUAACAUGUCCACUACAGAAGAGAAGUUCUCACUCCGGGAGGUCCUGGUCAGCUUCAAGUCUUGCUUGGAGGAUGAUGACCAAGAUGUUCUUGUAGAGCAUUAUCUAAAUGGAUGGAGGGGAUUGGUCAGGUUUAUGAACAGCCUUGGGACGAUCUUUUCUUUCGUUUCAAAAGAUGCUGUAAACAAAAUUCAUAUAAUGGAAAAUUAUCUAAAAGGGGAAAGUGGAGAACGGUAUCGGACCCUCCAAUCCAUGGUGGAAUAUGAGCUCAGCUCUAACUUGGUGGACCUGACAAAACGCGGCAGUCAUCCAGACUCUGGUUGCCGUACCAUACUGCGAUUGCACCGAGCCUUGCGCUGGCUUCAGCUUUUUCUGGAGAAGUUAAGAACAAGUUCUGAAAACAGUAAGACCUCCACAUUAUGUACAGAGGCCUACAAUGACUCUCUGGCCAACUAUCACCCUUGGAUUAUACGGAAAACUGCAACGGUGGCCUUCCUGGCUCUUCCUGUCCGUAACACGUUCUUUGAGGUGAUGAAUGUUGGGACAGCAGAAGAUGUGGUGGAUAUGCUCGGAGAAGCCAUGCCAUAUGUUUCCAAUGUCUAUGACUUUACCCAAGAACUGUACUCCCAACACAACCUUCUAGAUCUACCAUGAAUGUCCUCUCAAGGGUUUGAAAAUCAUGUGAAAAUAAUUCUUAUCACUUUCUUGGUGACACCAAAUGGUCAAUUGUUCUUCAGUGAUUGUGGCAUUACCAAAUAUAAAUUCCCUAAACCACAUAAAGGGGUUGCACAGGGUUAGAAGAACAUGGCUACUUUCUUCCAAAUAACAGAUCUUUACAUGUCCACAGGUAGAGGGUUCCCACCCAAACACAUGUAUGGCCUGUUUCGCACAAGUUUAUGUUAUGGGUGUAUAUGCUUAUGAUGUGUGUUUGGGUCAGAAGACCUGCACUCAGACUGGACACUCAUCUGUGAUACACUCUGAAGAUGAGAUAUGCAUAAAGGCCUUAUUUUUAGGAAAUCAACCACUCCGCACACACUGCUUGCUAAAACAAUGCCCUCUCCUGAGCACCAUGCUCCUCGGGGAAAAGCUCAAUAAGGUGUUAAGCAACUUUAUUCUCGUCAUCACAGGUUGCGUGUGGGUAUUGUCGCUCAUUCCCAUUUAGCUGAGCCAGAAGACACAACCCAUGGACAGGUCUGAUGUUUCUGGACGAAAGCUGCUAUGUUUUUCUAAUCCUAAAUCUUGGACAACCCCUUUAAUAAAGUUCACCUGUUAUUACUGUAUAAGGACCAAAUAAGUGUAUAUUGCUUGUACAUUCUAUACAGAUAUGUCUUUUUUUAUUUUUGCAUUGUACAAUAGUCAGAUUAACGUUUACAUUUGAAACAUCAACAUAAUGUAUAACGCAUAACACAUGUCGGGAGGUCAUACAGAUAAUACUGACACUGAAAGAAGCAAAGCUGUUUACAUUUGACUGCAAAGUAAUCAAGGCUGAAAUGAAAAAUUGUAAUAAAAAAUUAA